AAUUUUGUUGCAUUUUUAUUAUUGUCGGUUGCAGUGAAUAGUGAGGUGAACGCCAGACGAGUGGCGAAUGUGGAGGCUUGUUUUGGAAGUAGUGGACAACCGCUAGCUGCAUAUGGUCGUGUUUUGGUGGGUGAGGGCGUUCUUGUGAAAAUGUGUAGAAAGAAACCGAAACCAAGGCAGUUCUUUUUAUUCAACGAUAUUCUUAUCUACGGAAAUAUCUUAAUUUCGAAACGUCGUUACAAUAAACAGCACAUUAUACCGUUGGAAGAGGUUCAGUUGCAAGAUUUAGAAGAUGAUGGUGAUAUGCGUAAUGGAUGGCUUGUGAAGACACGCGCUAAAUCGUUUGCUGUAUAUGCGGCGACGAAUACAGAAAAAAAAGAAUGGAUGUUGCAUAUUGAACGUUGUGUGCACGAUAUACUCACAAAAGGAGGCAAAAAAGCAGCAACUGAGCACGCAGCAGUGUGGAUACCGGACGGUGAAGCGCAGAAGUGUAUGGCUUGUCAGAGAACGCAAUUCACGAUGAUACAACGUAGACAUCAUUGUCGUGCAUGCGGUAGUGUCGUAUGUGCAUCAUGCUCAACGCAUAAUUAUCGUAUCGCAGGUCUUGGCAAACGACCGGUGCGUGUUUGUGAUAAGUGUUUUGCGAGUUUCACGCUGAGUGGUAUGAGCGGUGUAGCAGACGAUGGUGAUGGUAUAGGUGAAAGUAAUAAUACGAAUAAACGAGAGACAAAUCUGGGUGGUGCGAAUGGCGGCAGUAACAAUAAUGAAUCGAGUGAAUCGGACGAUGAUGAGAAGAAUACGAAUUACGAUCAUCAGCCGACAUUCUACAGUCCAACGACAGAGUUGUCGAGUGUUGGUGCAGAAAGGCUUGACAUCGGACUUGCACGUGCAGAAGCUGGAGUUGGUUCAGCGGCAACGACAAUAACAUUCGGUGACAAUAAUGAGACGAGAUCGAUUCCAUUCGCACCUGGAAGUGAAACUCAACAGCAGAUGCAUACUCAUGUUCCUGCACAUCAACAAAAACAAUUCAGCACUGCAGCUAAUAGCGCGACAACAGAUCUUCUUUGGCAUACGCAAAGCUGA